AUGAAAGAUGACGACGACUCUCUCGUCCACGAAGCAUCUGCCGAGUCAUUAUCCUCACAGGAAACUGAGGAAACAACAACGGCAGAGCCGACAGCAGAUCCGUUUGGAGAAGACAUAUCAUCCAUUUCGUGCAAAUAUGGCAUGGCAUAUACUCUGGAAGCCCUUUUAAACAGCGUAGCACCCGGAUGGAAGUAUCACGUAUCGAACACAGGAUCUGUAAAGCAAACCUGGUUUAAAAUGGACAAUGCCACAAGUCGUAUAUGUGGUCAUAUCGGAGGUUUGGAUUAG